AUGUCAGCGACUAGCGCUGAUCUACGGAACUUGAGCAUCAUUAGGUCGAUUCCCUUUGUUGUACCGUUCAUGCAAAGGGUCAAGAUCUUUCAAGACCUACUGGCACACGAUCGAGAGGCGAACGACAUUACCGAUGACUUUCAUGGUUUUGCGCCAGCAGGAUUUCGUCGCAAUGGCAUUAAUAUAGCUGUACGACGACAGCAUUUGUAUGAGGAUGCUUUCGAAGCUCUGUCAUUGGGGAAUGCACCGAAUCUUCGACUUCCUAUCAGAGUGUCUAUGACGAACUGGGUCGGUUUGAAUGAGGUCGGCAUUGAUGGCGGUGGGAUCUUCAGGGAAUUCUUGACCGAGUUGCUUCGAACUGGUUUCGAUCCUGACAGGGGCUUCUUCAAGUACACUCACGACAGGCUUCUAUAUCCCAAUCCAUCCUCUGUGCAGCUAUAUCCUGACUCCUACUCGCAACAUUUUUUCUUUCUGGGAAGAGUAGUCGCAAAGGUGCAUUUUUCUAUACUUUAUUUUUGGAACAGUCGCAUUAUGGUUUAUAGUCGGCAGCAGUCUGAAGGCCUGGAUUUUAAUGUAGAUUUGUGA